AUGUCAAAAACAUCUGGAACUAUAUCUGCUGAGGAAACGAAGCAACUGGAAAAUAAUGAAAAUCGUGUGAGUCAAGGUGUAGAACAAAUAUCUGGUGGGGAAAUUCAGGAACUAAAUGUUUUAUCGCCAGAGCAUGGAAUAAAUAUGGGAGAGGAAAUUUCUGAACUAUACAAGGUGCGAGAUAUUCCUACUAAUAAGUUAUCACAGUUGGCUAGUGAAGUGUGUUGUUUGCUAAUGGGUAAAUGUGUGAAUACUAGUUGGAGAAAUGCUGUAUUGAUAAUGGAUAAACAUACUAUUGUAUGGAAAGAAUUUGUUGGUGUGCAUGAACGUUUAAUUCAAGUGUUGAACAGUGAGACUGAGAAAAGGAUGGCUUGUGCUGAAUACGGACAGCAACAAAACAGGAAAUUAGAGUUGGAUGCCAAGUUAAAAGAGUGGCGUAAAUCAAAGGAAGCUGAGCAUUUAGAUGAGAUAGAGAGUAAGAAAUCUCAUAAAGCAUCGAAGAGUGGAAGUAGUUGUGGAAAUAGUGCUAGUACAAAAUUAUCGAGACAGUCUAAAAGAAAGGAAAAAAUGGCUCUAGCUCAGUUGAAGUUACAAGAACUGAAAGUUUUACAGGAGUAUGAGAGAGAAGAACAGGAGUUGAACAGGAAAAGAGAUCUAUAUGUUGCAGAGAUGGAAGCGAAACAGGCAACGGUGUCCUACCAAAUUGUUAUGGAGCAAGACUCAAACAGUUGUGACUUGAAUGUACCAAUGGGUGUGUCAGUUGCUAAACAACAAUUGAACAAAGGAGCAGCAAGUUCAAUGAGGGUAUCAGACCCAAUGGUUAAUGAUAAGCUUGAAAAUUCGUGUGUAGCAUUUGACGAAAAUGCACCUGUUGAACAAAUAAAAGUCCUACUUUAA